AUGGAAGAGGUUAAAACGCUAAGAAUAUCCAUCUUUAAAGUGGCAAAAGCCUUCGAGAAAUUUGCCCUUAAUUAUAGCAAGCAACACCUGAGCGGAAUGAGACCUUUCGAGAGGUUGGUUUUCCCAAAAAUAGGUGAGGUUACGGCCUACAAUUCUGUUUAGUUUUAAAGUGUAUUCCUCUGUUACUUACUGACUUGCUGACCAACGGACUAAGUUGUGUUAGUUCCUAGACGAUGUAAGAACUCACUGUAAACCUAACCUUUUAGAAAUGUUUUUGUAUGUCAUCGAUUCAUUUGUUUUUUUAAAUUUCUUUGACGCUUUAAUUUUUUGCAGUGGAGAGGAAAAUUAGAGGUAUUCUUGAACAAUCAAGAAGAGAAAAAAAAGAAUCCUUCAAAAUUUUAAAACCCUUCUUCUCGCUCUGUUUUUUGCAAUUUCUCCUUAAUAAUAAAGUAUAUUUGUGAGCAGAAAUUACUACUGGAAUAAUUAAAUCUUGCAAAUAUUUCCCUUUACUUCAUACUAUGCACUGAGCUCAAGAUUGGCAUAUCGUCUGCGAUGUAUAUAAAUCCCUGCUUUUUAAGCGCACUCGUAAAAACUCAAAAAAAAAAAACUAAUGAACGCUAACUUUCUCUGCUGAAACGGGGAACGACAUUUCAGAAAUGAUUUUUCACAAUUUUAGUCCGUGUAGAACUACUCACAUUUUUAUUCUGUUUUCCUUUAAAAAAGCGUUUUUAAAUCGGUUGUAUUCGUUGGAGAGUCAUGAAAGGGUAAAUACAAUAAAACAAUACAAUUCCAUCCAAUAUGAUUAUAAAGUACACCGCAAAACGUAUGUUGUCUAUAAGCAUUGUUUUUCCGACAGUUUUGGUAAUUCAAAAAGCCUAUCACUUGAACGCGAGUGACUUCAGCUUUGAGGUACAACAAUGGCAUACGAGAAUCAAUAUUGCCUCUUCAAACUUUGAGGAAAAUGGUUCGUAUUACAUAAGGUGUUACCUAUACAGCUUUUAGUUCCCUUAAUUUCUCUAGUGGAAUUUUAUAUAUCGAGAUAAAACCUUAAGAAUGAGCUUCAUUAGUUUACAUAGUCUAUUUUCUUUCAUCAUCCGCCUUCCUUCUGAUGUCACAUCCUCAGAGCCUAAAGAAAAUUUGAAUAUUGCGUGCUUUUUGCUGUUUGAUUCCUUUCUUUGUUGUUUUGGGGGGGUUAAGGAUCAUUGGUAGUUGCGUUCGUGUACAAGGAUCUGCAUGACCUACUUCUGACAGAUCAAGCUAUCAGGAGUGAAACAGACAACAAAAGGUGAUGCUUUUUUUCUAUUAUUGCACGUCGCUUUCCAUGGAAAUACGUAACAUGGAAACACAUAAGAUCUACGUUCAACCAACCUGAACUUGGACACUUUCCAAAACCUUAACUGGGGUUGGAAGUUUCCCUGCCUGUCUCAGACCAUUCUACCUUCAUCAAAAAUUCCCUUCAAUCUGCCAAAGGUACACGAUGUUACUUCUUUGGUUCUGAUUUAUUUUCAUAUAAAAUUUCCUUCAUAGUUAUAUCAACUCCAAGAUAAUGGCCAUAACUAUGGACCCCAAGCCAAACAAGUUGCGAGAAAAUGUCAUCCUAAAGUUCGAAAAUCUGAAGGUAAAAUUAAAAUAAGUUGCUAUGCAUUGUUUCGAUUUAUUUUGACAUGAUAAAAUUUAUUUUCAGGUUUCGACAGCAGAGAAGCGCUGUAUGUUUUGGAGUGGCUUCAACACAAGGUAAAAAAACUUCAAUAUAUUAUUGUAUAGUAUUUAUUCAUUGUUCAGGUUAACAAUUUCCUGGAAGCUAAGAUGUUGUCUUUUUUGGUAAAGUCUGACUAAAAAUGACACUACAACUAAGACUAAAAUUUGAAGAAAAACUUAGCGCAAAAUUACCGAACAUCACCUCUUCCCCAAACAGUGUUUAAUUUUGUGCGCUUUGUUAACUUUACUUUUUUUAGAUCAGAAGGCUUUUCAGAGGAAGGAUGCCAUGUAGUUUCAUUAAAAAGCAACUCAGAAGAAACAGUUUGCAGCUGCAAUCAUUUGACGCAUUUUGCCGUCUUAAUGAACUACGACGGUAGCACAAAGGUAAUCAAAAACCAUAAUAGUUUAACUAACAUUUAACUAACUCAAUGUUCUUAUUUGAAUUUUUUCUUUUUGACACAGCUCGCCGAAGAGGACGAAACAGUUCUGAAAAUUAUCACCCACGUCGGACUAAGCCUUUCCAUCGUCGGGAUCCUUUUAACAUUAAUACUUUAUUUUUGCCUCACGUAAGUAAUGUACCUGAAUAUCAGUAAGGUGAUUCUUGACUUCCCUCAACUAUGCUAGAGAGAAAAGAGAUCUCAAUGCAAAUCUCCAUGCCAAUAAAAACACGCAUGUCGGGUAACUCACAAAUUCAAAUUAUAUUCCAUGCCCCAUAAAGAGCGCCUGAACAACUCAUGGUUUCAUGGUUUAUGAAUUGCUUAGGGUUUAGUCAUUUCCCUCGUGAUACUUUCUUUUUUGUACUUUCUGGAGCUAUUUACCGAGUUUUUUUCUUUCAUUUGCUGUCAGAAUUUUACUUGAUUUCUUUGCCCAUAUUUUACUGUACAUUUUAAUUAAUUCAAUUCUCUUCUUUGUUGUGCUUAGUGUCUUUAGUGUGUUGUUGUUAUUGUUGUUGUUGCUUUUCUCUAAUUCAUUCUUUUUAUUUUUACUAUUAUUACUAUUUUUUUUUACUAUUUCAUCAGAGAUGUUGAUCAACCUCUCUCCCAAAUUCGAAUGAGUGUUUCUAUGUCCCUUGGAGCUGGACAGAUCAUCUUCCUCGCCGGAAUAAACGCCACAGAAAACAAAGUUAGUGGCCCCUUUUUCUAUCCAUGGAAUGAAUUUCCCCGUUGCACCGUAAAUAUCUUGUCGAAAGGAGCGUGAUAAGAAUACGAAAACUCUUUCUUUCCACAGGCUGCCUGUGUUACAAUAGCAGCUCUGAUGCAGUAUUUCUUGAUGGCCGCUUUCUGUUGGAUGCUGACAGAGGGAAUAUUUCUCUACCUUUUCGUUGUGAAAGUUUACAACAUCAACAGCAAGAUGUAUAUGUAUCACGUCAUCUCAUGGGGUAAGUCCAUUAUUUCCCAACAUACAUUAGUGACUGUAACCAUGCUUUCGGAUCACCAAAUAUGAUGUUGUAAUCCAGCGAAGUUUUACGAUUUCCUUCCUUUCUCUAUGGGUAGGUCUUCCAGUGAUCAUGGUGGCCAUGUCACUUGGCAUCGCUGCUGGAAAAGAAGGGUUACAGAGCUAUACGAGUGAUAAAUAGUAAGAAAAAAAUUCAAGGGUUUCUUCUUGCUCUUCUCCUUUUAAUUUGUUGCAUUUAAUUCUUUGUUUUGUUUUUGCACAUAUUUUGAAAUUGGCAUCAUUUCAUUCGCUAAAAAUUUGUGUUUCUUUCCUGUGUUUCACUUCUUCGAGUUUAGUUGCUGGCUUUCCUCGACUAACAACCUGAUCUGGAUAUUCGUCACCUUUGUAGCUUUCAUUGAAAUUGUGAGUUUAUGAUACGCGUUGGUGAUUGUGAUUGGUUUACCAGGACUACUUGCUGCUAAAGAUUUUUUUCUCUGCUCUUUAAAAAACGAUUUAAAUAUUUAUGAUAUGACCCCACACAAUGUUAACCAUUUUUCUUUUCCUAUUUACUCACAACAAACUUUGGACGUAGCUGCUGUUUGCGAGGAUGCUUGUCGAUUUUAACCUAUUGAUGGCCUUUAACAGCGAGAAAAACCUGUUGAGACAGUGUAUUUACAAGAAUAAGAUAGCUUCAUAAAUUAUCCAACUUUUACUACAUAGUAUGAAGAAAAAAAAUUCCUUCUCCCCUGUUGAUAGUUUCUCACUGUUUCACAUUGAUAUAUAAAGAUUUUUUUCGCGCAAGAAUAACUAAAAAAAAUACAUUGAAGAGGAAGAAAGGAACAGGAAGAGUAGAAGAUAGUAAAUUGAUAUAAUUUAACGCUAGGAUUCACUUGACAUAGUUCAUUCAGUUUAGACACUUUAGUUCGCGAUUUCUUUAGCUCAUUGUCAGAUAAUCGAAGCUCAUAAUCUAGGUCCCCCGGUUGAGAGUUCUAUUUCCUGUCAAUGACUCUUUUAUCCCAAGCUUGUUACCAAACUAGUAACGUCUCUGUCAAGGAUCCUCUCCUGCUUUGGGUACUUGAUAACCAUAUCUAGAUAAUCAAUUUAUUUCUAUUGUAUUCUUCAGCUCAACAUCUUGAUACUCAUACGAGUCAUAAGGGAGAUGACC